GUGUAAUUGGCAAAUUGUUAAAGAGCAAUUGACUCAAAAAUAAAACAAAAUUAAAUUGUAAUGUUGCAUUUCAAACCUACGAUUUAUUUUCUACUCUGUUGCUGCUUUCAGGCUAGUGUAAGCUCUCCAGUGCUAUUACUAGUUGCGAACGGGAGUGAUGUCACAAUCAAUUUUCCCGGAGAAAACAACAAUAACCGACUCAUCAAUAUUGUUAGUGGUUCUGACAAUAAUAACCCGUUUAUGUACGAUUGGAUUGGCGGUAAUGGAGCCAAUAAAGCACCUACAAUAACAUUGGGAAACGCCCAUCUAGAGGAGCUCCCAUUCGACACUAACAUGGAAGAAAAAUCUGAGCCUUGGAUUCCCAACAAACCCAAAUGGCAGUCGCACGAAAUUUACGAAACCGCUAGCAUGGUUUCGAAUACGAUGGCAAUGACUCUGACAUAUGCAACGGACACUACAACCACCGAUCCCGCUAAAGUUUUUAGCACUACCGAAGAUGUACUAGCUUCAGGCGUUUGACACCCUUUUCGAUCCGGAUCAUGUUAAAAUUACUAUGAUGACUACAUUUUUGAAGGCAUUGCGAAAUA